UUCUGACGCUCCCCUCCUCCCCUCCUGCUCUCCCUCUCCGGCUGCCGCGCGGUUGACUUGCACAGCCUGCCCCCGCCCGCUUCCCUUCCCCCGGCUCUGAUCCUCACCAACUGGAAUCUGGGCUCCUGCCUCUCCACCCCCCACCUCUUUUUGAGAAAGGAAGGUUCCCCCCACCCCCUUUCAAAAACCACUUCCUCCGGCUUCUUCACCUCUAGGAAAUCUCGGGGCUUCGCUCUAUCGAGAGUGCUCGUCAAGGGUGAUUCUUGAUCACCACUAUCCAGAAGUGCUGGCGUCUGAAUGCAUAUCCUUUUGCCUUGCAAAAAAGAGUCGUGAACUUCAAAACCCCCGAGACGGAUCAUUAAUCCUGCUUUGCAGGAAAGGAAAACCCUCCAUUCCCAGCCACCGGCCACCCCUCUCCGCAGACUGCAACCGCGGAGGCGCUCGGAGCCGGAAGGGGACGCUUUGGGAAUGACCAUGCUCCACCGAGGGACGGAGCCGGCCCCCAGCUUCUCCACACAGAGCCUCCUCCACUAACGCUCCAAAAACCAAAAACCGUAAUUGCCAGAAGAAGCGUUAAAAAUCUAUUCCAGCCACUAACCUCACAUGCACACGGAAUAAUUACUCUGGAUUCUGCAUUGUGAGCUGCUCUCCAUACCCUGAAUUACCUUUGAAUUAAAUCUUUUUUUUUUGAAUUUGCAUCUCUUCAAGACACAAGAUUAAAACAAAAUUUACGCUAAAUUGGAUUUUAAAUUAUCUUCCGUUCAUUUAUCCUUCGUCUUUCUUAUGUGGAUAUGCAAGCGAGAAGAAGGGACUGGACAUUCCCAACAUGCUCACUCCCUUAAUCUGUCCGUCUAGAGGUUUGGCUUCUACAAACCAAGGGAGUCGACGAGUUGAAGAUGAAGCCCAGAGCGGAGUGCUGUUCUCCCAAGUUCUGGCUGGUGUUGGCCGUCCUGGCCGUGUCAGGCAGCAGAGCUCGUUCUCAGAAGAGCCCCCCCAGCAUUGGCAUUGCUGUCAUCCUCGUGGGCACUUCCGACGAGGUGGCCAUCAAGGAUGCCCACGAGAAAGAUGAUUUCCACCAUCUCUCUGUGGUGCCCCGGGUGGAACUGGUAGCCAUGAAUGAGACCGACCCAAAGAGCAUCAUCACCCGCAUCUGUGAUCUCAUGUCUGACCGGAAGAUCCAGGGCGUGGUGUUUGCUGAUGACACAGAUCAGGAAGCCAUCGCCCAGAUCCUCGAUUUCAUUUCAGCACAGACUCUCACCCCCAUCCUGGGCAUCCACGGGGGCUCCUCUAUGAUAAUGGCAGAUAAGGAUGAAUCCUCCAUGUUCUUCCAGUUCGGCCCAUCAAUUGAACAGCAAGCUUCCGUAAUGCUCAACAUCAUGGAAGAAUAUGACUGGUACAUCUUUUCUAUUGUCACCACCUAUUUCCCUGGCUACCAGGACUUUGUAAACAAGAUCCGCAGCACCAUUGAGAAUAGCUUUGUGGGCUGGGAGCUAGAGGAAGUCCUCCUACUGGACAUGUCCCUGGACGAUGGAGAUUCUAAGAUCCAGAAUCAGCUCAAGAAACUUCAAAGCCCCAUCAUUCUUCUUUACUGUACCAAGGAAGAAGCCACCUAUAUCUUUGAAGUGGCCAACUCAGUAGGGCUGACUGGCUAUGGCUACACGUGGAUCGUGCCCAGUCUGGUGGCAGGGGAUACAGACACAGUGCCUGCGGAGUUCCCCACUGGGCUCAUCUCUGUAUCAUAUGAUGAAUGGGACUAUGGCCUCCCCGCCAGAGUGAGAGAUGGAAUUGCCAUAAUCACCACUGCUGCUUCUGACAUGCUGUCCGAGCACAGCUUCAUCCCUGAGCCCAAAAGCAGUUGUUACAACACCCAUGAGAAGAGAAUCUACCAGUCCAAUAUGCUAAAUAGGUAUCUGAUCAACGUCACUUUUGAGGGGAGGAAUUUGUCCUUCAGUGAAGAUGGUUACCAGAUGCACCCGAAACUGGUGAUAAUUCUUCUGAACAAGGAGAGGAAGUGGGAAAGGGUGGGGAAGUGGAAAGACAAGUCCCUGCAGAUGAAGUACUAUGUGUGGCCCCGAAUGUGUCCAGAGACUGAAGAGCAGGAGGAUGACCAUCUGAGCAUUGUGACCCUGGAGGAGGCACCAUUUGUCAUUGUGGAAAGUGUGGACCCUCUGAGUGGAACCUGCAUGAGGAAUACAGUCCCCUGCCAAAAACGCAUAGUCACUGAGAAUAAAACAGACGAGGAGCCGGGUUACAUCAAAAAAUGCUGCAAGGGGUUCUGUAUCGACAUCCUUAAGAAAAUUUCUAAAUCUGUGAAGUUCACCUAUGACCUUUACCUGGUUACCAAUGGCAAGCAUGGGAAGAAAAUCAAUGGAACCUGGAAUGGUAUGAUUGGAGAGGUGGUCAUGAAGAGGGCCUACAUGGCAGUGGGCUCACUCACCAUCAAUGAGGAACGAUCGGAGGUGGUCGACUUCUCUGUGCCCUUCAUAGAGACAGGCAUCAGUGUCAUGGUGUCACGCAGCAAUGGGACUGUCUCACCUUCUGCCUUCUUAGAGCCAUUCAGCGCUGACGUAUGGGUGAUGAUGUUUGUGAUGCUGCUCAUCGUCUCAGCCGUGGCUGUCUUUGUCUUUGAGUACUUCAGCCCUGUGGGUUAUAACAGGUGCCUCGCUGAUGGCAGAGAGCCUGGUGGCCCCUCUUUCACCAUCGGCAAAGCUAUUUGGUUGCUCUGGGGUCUGGUGUUUAACAACUCCGUACCUGUGCAGAACCCAAAGGGGACCACCUCCAAGAUCAUGGUGUCAGUGUGGGCCUUCUUUGCUGUCAUCUUCCUGGCCAGCUACACUGCCAACUUAGCUGCCUUCAUGAUCCAAGAGGAAUAUGUGGACCAGGUUUCUGGCCUGAGCGACAAAAAGUUCCAGAGACCUAAUGACUUCUCACCCCCUUUCCGCUUUGGGACCGUGCCCAACGGCAGCACAGAGAGAAAUAUUCGCAAUAACUAUGCAGAAAUGCAUGCCUACAUGGGAAAGUUCAACCAGAGGGGUGUAGAUGAUGCAUUGCUCUCCCUGAAAACAGGGAAACUGGAUGCCUUCAUCUAUGAUGCAGCAGUGCUGAACUAUAUGGCAGGCAGAGAUGAAGGCUGCAAGCUGGUGACCAUUGGCAGUGGGAAGGUCUUUGCUUCCACUGGCUAUGGCAUUGCCAUCCAAAAAGAUUCUGGGUGGAAGCGCCAGGUGGACCUUGCUAUCCUGCAGCUCUUUGGAGAUGGGGAGAUGGAAGAACUGGAAGCUCUCUGGCUCACUGGCAUUUGUCACAAUGAGAAGAAUGAGGUCAUGAGCAGCCAGCUGGACAUUGACAACAUGGCAGGGGUCUUCUACAUGUUGGGGGCGGCCAUGGCUCUCAGCCUCAUCACCUUCAUCUGCGAACACCUUUUCUAUUGGCAGUUCCGACAUUGCUUUAUGGGUGUCUGUUCUGGCAAGCCUGGCAUGGUCUUCUCCAUCAGCAGAGGUAUCUACAGCUGCAUCCAUGGGGUGGCGAUCGAGGAGCGCCAAUCUGUAAUGAACUCCCCCACCGCAACCAUGAACAACACGCACUCCAACAUCCUGCGCCUGCUGCGCACGGCCAAGAACAUGGCUAACCUGUCUGGUGUGAACGGCUCCCCGCAGAGCGCCCUGGACUUCAUCCGACGGGAGUCAUCCGUCUAUGACAUCUCAGAGCACCGCCGCAGCUUCACGCAUUCUGACUGCAAAUCCUACAACAACCCACCCUGUGAGGAGAACCUCUUCAGUGACUACAUCAGUGAGGUAGAGAGAACGUUCGGGAACCUGCAGCUGAAAGACAGCAACGUGUACCAAGAUCACUACCACCAUCACCACCGGCCCCAUAGCAUUGGCAGUGCCAGCUCCAUCGAUGGGCUCUACGACUGUGACAACCCACCCUUCACCACCCAGUCCAGGUCCAUCAGCAAGAAGCCCCUGGACAUCGGCCUCCCCUCCUCCAAGCACAGCCAGCUCAGUGACCUGUACGGCAAAUUCUCCUUCAAGAGCGACCGCUACAGUGGCCACGACGACUUGAUCCGCUCCGAUGUCUCUGACAUCUCAACCCACACCGUCACCUAUGGGAACAUCGAGGGCAAUGCCGCCAAGAGGCGUAAGCAGCAAUAUAAGGACAGCCUGAAGAAGCGGCCUGCCUCAGCCAAGUCCCGCAGGGAGUUUGACGAGAUCGAGCUGGCCUACCGUCGCCGACCGCCCCGCUCCCCUGACCACAAGCGCUACUUCAGGGACAAGGAAGGGCUACGGGACUUCUACCUGGACCAGUUCCGAACAAAGGAGAACUCACCCCACUGGGAGCACGUGGACCUGACCGACAUCUACAAGGAGCGGAGUGAUGACUUUAAGCGCGACUCCGUCAGCGGAGGAGGGCCCUGUACCAACAGGUCUCACAUCAAGCACGGGACGGGCGACAAACACGCUGUGGUCAGCGGGGUACCUGCCCCCUGGGAGAAGAACCUGACCAACGUGGAGUGGGAGGACCGGUCCGGGGGCAACUUCUGCCGCAGCUGUCCCUCCAAGCUGCACAACUACUCCACGACGGUGACGGGUCAGAACUCGGGCAGGCAGGCGUGCAUCCGGUGUGAGGCUUGCAAGAAAGCAGGCAACCUGUAUGACAUCAGCGAGGACAACUCCCUGCAGGAACUGGACCAGCCGGCUGCCCCAGUGGCGGUGACGUCAAACGCCUCCACCACUAAGUACCCUCAGAGCCCGACUAAUACCAAGGCCCAGAAGAAGAACCGGAACAAACUGCGCCGGCAGCACUCCUACGACACCUUCGUGGACCUGCAGAAGGAAGAAGCCGCCCUGGCCCCACGCAGCGUGAGCCUGAAAGACAAGGGCCGAUUCAUGGAUGGGAGCCCCUACGCCCACAUGUUUGAGAUGUCAGCUGGCGAGAGCACCUUUGCCAACAACAAGUCCUCAGUGCCCACUGCCGGACAUCACCACCACAACAACCCCGGCGGCGGCUACAUGCUCAGCAAGUCGCUCUACCCUGACCGGGUCACGCAAAACCCUUUCAUCCCCACUUUUGGGGACGACCAGUGCUUGCUCCAUGGCAGCAAAUCCUACUUCUUCAGGCAGCCCACGGUGGCAGGGGCGUCGAAAGCCAGGCCGGACUUCCGGGCCCUUGUCACCAACAAGCCGGUGGUCUCGGCCCUUCAUGGGGCCGUGCCAGCCCGUUUCCAGAAGGACAUCUGUAUAGGGAACCAGUCCAACCCCUGUGUGCCUAACAACAAAAACCCCAGGGCUUUCAAUGGCUCCAGCAAUGGGCAUGUUUAUGAGAAACUUUCUAGUAUUGAGUCUGAUGUCUGAGUGAGGGAACAGAGAGGUUAAGGUGGGUACGGGAGGGUAAGGCUGUGGGUCGUGUGAUGCGCAUGUCACGGAGGGUGACGGGGGUGAACUUGGUUCCCAUUUGCUCCUUUCUUGUUGUUUUAAUUUAUUUAUGGGAUCCUGGAGUUCUGGUUCCUACUGAGGGCAACCCCGGUGACCAGCACCAUCUCUCCUCCUUUUCACAGUUCUCUCCUUCUUCCCCCCCUGUCAGGCAUUCCUGUUCCCAUGAGAUGAUGCCAUGGGCCCUCUCAGCAGGGGAGGGUAGAGUGGAGAAAGGAAGGGCUGCACGCGAGCUUCCUCCUGGUGUGGAAGAGCUCCUUGACAUCCUCUUUGAGUGAAGCUGGGAGAACCAAAAAGAGGCUAUGUGAGCACAAAGGUAGCUUUUCCCAAACUGAUCUUUUCAUUUAGGUGAGGAAGCAAAAGCAUCUAUGUGAGACCAUUUAGCACACUGCUUGUGAAAGGAAAGAGGCUCUGGCUAAAUUCACGCUGCUUAGAUGACAUCUGUCUAGGAAUCAUGUGCCAAGCAGAGGUUGGGAGGCCAUGUGUGUUUAUAUAUAAGCCAAAAAAUGCUUGUUUCAACCCCAUGAGACUCGAUAGUGGUGGUGAACAGAACAAAAGGUCAUUGGUGGCAGAGCGGAUUCUUGAACAACCUGGAAAGUACAGUAUGAUAGUGUCCCACGGUGCCUUGGAGGCGAGAGCAGGUGGAUUGUGCGUGCAUGUGUGUUCAUGCACACUUGCACCCAUGUGUAGUCAGGUGCCUCAAAAGAAGGCAACCUUGAUUCUUUCUAUUGUUUCUUUCAAUAUCCCCAAGCAGUGUGAUUGUUUGGCUUAUAUACAGACAGAGAUGGCCAUGUGUUACCUGAAUUUUGGCUGUCUCCCUUCAUCCUUCUUGAAUAAGGAGAAUGAAAAUUCUUGAUAAAGAAGAUUCUGUGGUCUAGACAAAAAAAGGUGGUGAGCAAUCCUGCAAGAGGAAGGUACACAAACAAGUCCUCAGUGGUUGGCAAUUGUUUCAACCAGUUUCAACCAAGAACUUUCCAGGAAGGCUAAAGGGAAACAGAAUUUUCACAGCCAUGAUUCUUUUGCCCACACUUGAGAGCAAAAAGAGUCUACAAAGCUCUUUUGAGCAUUUAGACUCUCGACUGGCCAAGGUUUGGGGAGGAACGAAGCCACCUUUGAAGAAGUAAGGAGUCGUGUAUGGUAGGGUAAGUGAGAGAGGGGGAUGUUUCCAAUGCUUUGAUCCCUUCUUACUUAACCUGAAGCUAGAAGAGCAGGCUCCUUCCCCCCAAAACUGAUUACAACUGCUACGGAGCAGACAAUUAAGAGAAAUGAGCUGCACUCCAUGAGUGCAGCUCAGGAGGUACAAAGAGAGGGGAAGAGACUUGGAAAUGGGAGAGGGGGGACAGAGAGGGACCCUCCACCACCUCUUUGGGCCUGGCUCCCUGGGAAUGUGACUUGAGCCCAGAGUGAACACUCUUGGUAGAAGCCCUUCUAUCUUCUUGCAACACCUUGUUUCCCUCUCAGAUUGUACCACUGAGGAAUAAAAAGAUAUACAUGUAUAAAACUCCAGGGAUGAGGGUACCGGCAGAACUGAUGCUCCCUUCACUUAACAUUGGAAAAUUGAGAAGGGAAAUGAAUAGGUGUCACUGCCGGUCCUGAAACUUGCGGUAGGGCUAUUCUAUGGGUCAGUUCCACUGUCCUGCCAUCCUCCCCUACACAGGGUGGCAUCCAGAGAGCCCCGGGUCUGUGUGGAAGCUUGACUGCAGGAUCGCCAUGUUGCACACAGGACACAUAAACCAGAAAGGUGCUCAUCCUCCUCUGGAAGGAAGCUGCCAUGUCUCUUCAAGUCACUCCCUCCAGGGCUGCUCUUCGCCCUUGUUUGCCCUCACUCGCGACCCUUCCUCAUCCCGCCCUUGACUGCUGUCCCCAACCCUUCUCCUUGAUUUUUACCUCAGUAUCUUUCAUUUUAAAGUCAACUGAAGGCCUUGUAAAGCUUUGUUUUCUUUCUAAAAUGAACAUGGGGGCAAGGGGCUGAACCUCUCACAGAUUUGGAGAGAGGAGCAUGGAGUGCUUUACCUUAGAUAACAGGAAAGACUGAGAGAGGACAGAGGGUGUGAGGCACCUCCAGGAGGAAGAAGGCGAAGGGCCACGUAAACACCGCUUCGCCCUGACUCUGUCCAGGGGUCAGGGACUCAUCCCCUCAUCUUCCUCUUACCUCACCCCUUUCAAACAAAAAAAAAACCAAACCAACUAACCUAGCGAACAGCAAUCUAGAACCAAGGGAGCUCUUUCAGUCUCCGCUGGCAACAGAAAUCAAGAUGGUGUUUAUUUCAUAUGUAAAUAUUUUGUUUUCUAAUUAAUUUUGUAUAGAUAAAGUGUUCUCUUGUGAGUAUUCAGGGUGUUGGGCUGGAGGGAGUGGGGUGGGGAUGGAAAUGAGAGGGAAAAAGUGUUUUGUUAUGGGUUUUCAUUUUCCAUUGGGGGAAUUGUUUUGUAUGGAUUUUGCUUCAGGGUGUCUGGAAAAAGUGAAUGCCCAUGGAGGCCACCCUGGUGAAAAAGCCAGGGGAAAGUAAUCUGUGUCCAUCCCCCCCAGAAAACCAGUCUUCUUACUGGUUUGUCAGAAAUGUUCAUGCACUUUGGCCAGGGCUUUACAUAGGGUUCAAUUUGGCUCUAUGCAAACCCCAGGUCUGACUCCUAUCUUCUAAGUAGACCCUAGGUUACCGCAUUCCACAAAGACAGGCUGGUGGCACCAUAUUUCCUCUGUCAGUACCUAGGGUAGGAAAGAUUCCUAAAAGGGCUUAAACAGAAUUAAAGUCAAAUUAACUUCCCAUUCUCGGUGUGACUGCAAGGUUUCAGGAAACUCAAUCCUGAGAAAUCUCCCAGCGGCCUCCUCUGAUGCUGAAACAAUCAUCUCAGUCAUCUGAGUCUUUUCUUCCUUAGGACCUGGGUGCUGACUUGCUCCCUGCCCCACCUCCACUCUCAGAAAUCAGCCUGGCAAACACACCUGGAAAAACCUCCACUAACUCUACUUUUUGAAGCAUGUGAUACCUGGCCACAGAGAGGUAGUGCUGGAUAUGUGUCUUACAAAUUUGCAUGCUUUUCUAGAAAAGAUGAUGGGAUCCACUAAAAGCUCAGUGGUGAGAUGAUUCCCUUAGCAAGAUUGCUGAAGUUAGGUUUAGAGGUGAGAGGGUGGGUAUGUGAGCAAUGGUGCCAAUAGUGGCUCUUUAAUUGCCUUGUCCUAUUACUGCCAUCAGGAAGGUGCUACUGGCUUCGAGCCAGGUGUUCAUAAUCUGGCCUUGGGUUAACCAGACAAAUAGAACUUCUUUUCCUAGACUGUUGGCUUUGUGGAGGUUGGCAGCCUCUCUCUAUCACAGGAUAAAAUUUCCAAAUCCAUUUACCCAGUAUAUUCACUACAUUUUUUCCUAUCCUCCCAUCAUGAAAGCUGUUAGCUGGAUAAUUUUAUGUUUCUAAACUCCUUAUUUGGCCCCAAUUGGUCACUUUUCCUCAACUGGAUAUUUGCAUUGGGACUAAGUUACUCAGAAAGCUUAAAGAAAGGAAGGCUGGGCGUUGUUAAAAUCUAGAUGUUACUUAAUUCCAGAAUAACAAGCAAGUAAAAUGCAUGAGGAAGAAUUCAGCUAUAAGCCCAAUCUAUAUCACAGAUGGGUAUGAAACAACACCCAAUCCAUCCAAAACUGUGAGAUUCCGCAGAUACCCUCAAGAGCACCUAAUAUUCCCAUGUUCUUCAGAAUCCAUGCUUUCUCUCUUUGUACGCUCUAUCAUUCCCUUCCAUUGCAGAAGUGAUUGGUGAGUGUGGUCCUGUAUGAACUCCUUUCAGUGGCAAUCCUUAAAUCUCAGCAUUUCUACUGACAAUAAUCUGACCCUUGAAUUUGCCUGAGUCGAAAAUGUGCACACCCUUCAAAGUGAUGCAUGUACAGUGGACUUUGUUAUUUCAAAAUCUGUCACUGUGUAUCCUCAGCCAGAACUUGGGAAACAUCCUUCAUGUGUAUUCCCCUGCACUGACCACAGCCAUGUUGUGAUUGAGGGGAAAAUCCCAAAUGAUUCCAUUAAAUGUUGCUGGUGUCAGUAGUGCCAAAAACGCAUGUAUGACGUGAUACAGUAGGAGUUGUCUAUACAGUUAAGUGACUAUCACCCACCCAGUCUUCCGUGGCCAUUGGGAGUUGCCCAAGGGAGAAUUCUCUGCAGAGUGCUGGUCACCUGCACGUCACUAAGAACUAGGUUUCUUUGGUUCAUUUUUUUUUUUUCGUCAGUUUUUAGUUCAAGAUUUAGAGACAGAAUAGCCAGACUGUUUGGGCAAUAAGCUUUUGGAAAAACUAUUCCAGAACUCACUUUAUUCUUUCAAUCAUCAUCUCUCUAAAAAGGCCCUGUCAUUGCUUGACACCCUGUGAAUGUCUGUUUUUGUAUGUUAGGAAUGAUUCAGGUGUGCGCAUAAAUGAUGUCACUGAAGUGAUACUGAUGAAUGCAUUCAGCAUUUCCAGGGAUUGUGGCCGUACCUUAUGUGCUCUCUGAGCCCAAAGCCAUAUAGGAAACAUAUGCUCACUAGGCUGCUACACACUACAGCAGGGCUUUUGCUUUCUUUACUUGGAUGUCAGAGACUUUUCCUCCUGUUUAUGGAGCUCUUCAUGGAGGAGAAGCAGCUGAAGGUGAAUAGUCACACUGGGAUGGGUCUGGCCUUAUGUAUGCUAUGUGGUCCAUGCUGUGUUGAAGGUCCUGAAAAGGUCUUUUUCAUUUCCCACCCCACUGCAACUACCGCCUUCCCACACAGAUUUGUUGCUUUAGCACUGAGCUGAGCUGCCUGUCAUUCAAAUGAAAGUAAUCCCAGGAAAGGUGACAUAUUAAGCCAUAUUAGGGAUGUAUACAUUUAAUCACCUAAUUUACAUUAGGAAUCUCACUCCUUUUCCUGGGAAUAAGUUAUGAUACAAGAGAAGAGGAAGGGAGCAGACAGCACUGAGAGCAAUAGAGUAGGGAACAAGGAUACAGGUUCUAGAUGGCAAAGACAUUUAAACCAUAUUUUAUACUCCGCCUGCUUUUAUUUAAGGCUCAUGUGACACCUAAAUAGGACUCCUGGUUAGGAAUUAUUUUCAAUACACAAUCAUAUGAGUGUAUAAUUUAUGAAUUUCUAAAUUCAAUAUCUUGUAGGGCAGGUUGAGAACUGAUUCUUUCUACAGAAAAUAGAAGAGUGAUGCUUCUCCUCCAUUAUAUGUUACUGAGUAGGCAGCUAGAAAAAUCAAAUUGAAUUAAUGAUAGAAUAAAAGUUACUGUCAUUGUCUGGUUUCUGUCCCAGUUUAAUUAAUCUUCCAAUUAGCUGAGUUGGUCUAUAUCCUAUACUUUCCACCUCCAUAGGGGGUGCCCUGUUAUCUGGUAAAAGAGCCACUUAUGACCUCAGGCACUACUUAACCUGGGGGGCAAUUGUUUCUUAGGCCUAUCAGAUGUUUGGGAUGACACUAAAAUGCAGAUUAGUCAGUCUGAGAAUGUCUAAUAUUGAUCUGGAGCUAGGAUUCUAUUCUAGUUUGGCGGGGUGGGGGGGGUUCCAGUAUUGUAUAAAAUCAUAGGAUAUCUGAGAACAUCCCACCCUCAACUCAUUCCAACCACAUUGAUUCAGUCACACAGUGGCCCUGUGAGUUCUAUGACUUAGAAGAGAUAGCCUAUCUAUUCCCACAACAAAGGCCCUUACCCAAAACCUUAAAUUGAAAGCCAGUGCUACUUUCAUGCCUUGGAGAGAUCUGUGAAGUUUAGGGCUUCUCAUUUACAAUAUUGAAGCAAGAGAAAAGAAUUUUUUGUUCAGAGUAAUGGGUUAGAAUAGCAGUACUGGGAAUAAGUGGGGAAAGUUAGAAAUCUUCCACUUUUCUCUCUACAUCUCUCAGAGCUCCGUACAGUGAGUUUCUGGAGCUGCUUCAUGCUUUGAAUGUAAUUGCUGGGUUGAUUAUGUGGUUAAGGGCUCUUGAAAGAACUGAAGGUGAAAAGCAGAGUAGAUGAGUAGAAUUCCUCAGAGCCUUGGCACUCUGGUGUGUAGAAUCUGUGUUUUGGAAAAGGUAAAAGAACUCAGUGCAAGAAUUAAGGUACAAUGAAAAAGCACAACACUAAGCCCAAUUUAAACUGUUAUUUUAAAGAUUAGGUUUCCACACUUUAAACCUGAACUCUUUUAUCAGUAAUUAUUUUAGUGUUGUGAUGUAGGGGGUGGAGCAGAUUCUAGUACUAUGCAGGAGAAAAAAAUAAAAGCUCUCUGGUUAAAUAUGUGAGUUUAAUUAAACUAACGUCUAUUGUGCACGUACUAUGUCCCUAGGCUAGUUCUGUGAAUGAUAUAAAAGGUUUCAAAAUGGGGUAUAUUGUACUCACGUAGAAUAUAUGAAUGCAUAAGUAUAAAACAUGUAAAUGUAUGUAUAAAUAGGUAUGCAUACAUUUGUAUGAUUAUACAUGCAAGUUUAAUAUUUUCUGGUUUCAAGGUAGGAGUCAAAGAUAUCCAUUAUGUUAUUUGAAAAAACAUUGCAGAGAUUCAGCUUCCCAUGUCAUGACCAGGCCUGGACUUCUUUUCAAAUUAUUACACCUCCCAGAGCUAAAACUCUGGGAUUUCCUCCCUAACCACAACUUUGCCUUUUCUAUAUCUUCCUUCCUUCAAGACCCCUCUGUUGUUCUGGUCCAUAAAUCCAUCUGGCCUCAUUGACUUCCUUCUUUGGUCUAACCCUGUAUUUACCCACAUUAGCAAUAUUCUCACUGGCAAUUCCUUUUUCCUCUUGCCAUCUCACUACACCAACCAUGCUUAGCUAACUGCAUCCCAUCCCCUUGUCAUUCAUUGCAUCUCCAAGAAAAGCAAGUCUUAAACCUGUGCUGAAGAGAAAAAAUUCAAUCAAUUUAACCUCACCUGAACCCUACUCACUUGGACUUUUUAAUUUCUCCAAUGUUGACUCGGUGUCACAUUCUGUGUUUGUUAAAUUUGUUUUAUUUUCCUUUCAUGUUCAUGUCCUGUCUUUCAACAGGCAAUCUUUCCUACUGUGUUCGCAAGAAAAUCUGAUUAUUGAAUCCUCACAUACGCUGUCCUCUCUGCCUUUAGAUUUUUCUUGUCUUUCACACAUCUUUCCCAUCCUUUCUCCCAACUGAGUGCACCUCUUCUCUAUGCUCUGACCUCUUCUGAGGUGCUCUCCAGCCAAUUGUACUUCUGUCUUUUGCAUCUUUAAUUCCUUCCACACAUCUACCUGCAACUAUCUCAAAAACACCAAUCCUACAACUAUCUCUAAAGACAAAUCUCUCAAUCCAAUUUGACUCUUGAAUUUCUGUCCUAUCUCUGUUUAUCUUUUCAUUUCCGAACUUCUCAAAAGGGUAGUCUUUCUUUCUCCACUUCCUCACCUUAUGCUCCUGGCUUCAUCAAUGGGCUACACCCUACCACUCUUCUGAAACUACUCUCAGGCAACAUUCCAAUGAAGUUCUUGUUACGAAAGUCAAUAGCCUUUUUUCUUUACUUUCCCUGCUCUUCAGCCUCAUUGACAAUUACCAGUGGGAGGCAAUACAUUCUGGUUUUAAUCUUAGUUCUCUGGUCCUGUUACCUCAUUGGUUCCUGCUCUUCCUCUUAUCUCCUUAGCAUUGACUUGCCAUGGUAUAUCUGAGCUUGACCCUCUUCUCCUUAUCUUAAUGCUUCUGUAGCAAUCUUUCUGUCUUCUAUGAUUUCAAUAACUCUUUGAAUGAACAAGAAUCCCAAAUCUUCACUUUUAGCCCCUACCUUUUGCUUUUCCUUCAUACACAUACUUCCAGUCACCUUCUGAACACUCAACUUCAUCUUGACACAAAUAUCUAAGACCAUUGCUGCAAACCAACAUAAUCACCAAGUUCCUCCUUUUGCUUAAUGGUAUCACCAUGUCUUCUGUCACUAAACUCAAGCUUUUCAGGCAGUUUUGCCUCCUCCAUUUCCUUCAUCCUGCAUAUCUAAAAAUUUGAAAAGCCUACUAAUUCUUCCCCCUAAGGUUUCCAGUCUUCCCUUUUCAUUCAGACCCUUACUUCUAGUCUGGAUUAUUUCAGUGUCUUUUAGCAUUGUUCCAAUAUUUUAUAUUUGAAUCUACUCUUGUCAGUUCUCACUUCCUAAAUAUAAAUCAGAUGUCAUUCUUCAGAUCAAGAAACAACCUUCAGUGGGCUUCACUUGCCGUAGUCUGCCAGCAAUAAUUUCUUGUUACUUGACUAUGUGUGUGCCCCAUAAUCCAGACAAGCUGAAUAACAUUUGUUUCAACUUUCCCUACCAGCUUGUUUUCCCACUUGCGUCUUCCCUUAAACUGUUCCCUUUGCCCAAAAUACUCUCCUUCCUAUCUCCCAUCUCACUCCCUUCUUGAUAACAUCCAUUCCCUCUAUAUAAGUCUUCAAAGACCAGAACAACUUCAUCUUCCAUCCAGAAAAUAAUUUUAGGCAUUUUACGAAUGCCCAUAACACUUUCGUUGUAUCUCCCUAGUGGCAGCCAUCAUAUGCCAUCUUAUUUCAUAGGUAUUUGGUUAUACAUCUCGUCUCUCCUGCU